CACAACGGACAACACCCAGCGAGAGAGAGAUGGAUUUCACAGAACUGAGAGAAGCAAUAGAGGAGAUGGAGGUAGUGGACGCCCACGCCCACAACAUCGUCGCUCUCGACUCCACCGUCCCUUUCAUCAGUGGCUUCUCCGAAGCCAACGGCGACGCGUUGACCUUCGCGCCCCAUUCCCUCUCCUUCAAGAGAAAUCUAAGGCAUAUUGCUGAAUUGUAUGGAUCUCAGAUAUCCUUGCAUGAGGUUGAAGAAUACCGUAAGCUCUCUGGAUUACAGUCCAUUAGCUCAACAUGCUUCGAAGCUGCAAGAAUCUCUACCAUACUCAUUGAUGAUGGGAUAGAGAUUGACAAAAAGCAUGACAUAGAGUGGCAUAAAAGUUUUGCUCAGGUCGUUGGUAGAAUAUUGAGAAUUGAACGUCUGGCUGAGAAGAUUCUUGAUGAAGAAUUGCCAGAUGGAUCUACUUGGACAUUGGAUACGUUCACUGAAACUUAUCAGGGAAAGUUGAAGUCAGUUGCUAAUCAGAUAUAUGGGUUGAAAAGCAUAGCUGCAUACCGCAGUGGGUUAGAGAUCAAUACAAAUGUCACUCAAAAAAAUGCUGAGGAAGGUCUUUCUAAAAUUUUAAGUGCUGGAAAGCCUACCCGCAUUACGAAUAAAAGCUUUAUUGACUAUGUCUUUACACGUAGUUUGGAGGUUGCUCUAUGCUUUGACUUGCCGAUGCAGAUACACACUGGUUUCGGAGACAAAGAUUUGGAUAUGCGGCUGUCCAAUCCUCUUCAUCUCCGGACCCUUCUUGAGGACAAGAGAUUUUCAAAAUGUCGUAUAGUACUUUUACAUGCAUCCUACCCAUUUUCAAAGGAAGCAUCAUAUCUGGCCUCUGUUUAUCCCCAGGUGUACCUCGACUUUGGGUUGGCAGUUCCCAAGCUUAGUGUCCAUGGAAUGAUAUCGUCAGUCAAAGAACUUUUGGAGCUAGCUCCAAUAAAGAAGGUGCAAAGAAAGCACGCGAAGUUGUCUUUUCUGUUCUACGUGAUGCGUGUAUUGAUGGUGAUCUCUCAAUUUCUGAAGCUGUUGAGGCUGCUAAAGACAUCUUUGCACAUAAUGCAAUUCAGUUUUACAAGAUCAAUUUAUCUCUUGGUUUAAAGAAUACAUCAACUCCUUACCCUGUGAAGAUGAAAACAAGUGCAUUGGAUAAUGAUGUCUCCCUUGUUCGCAUUAUAUGGGUUGAUGGUUCGGGACAGCACAGAUGUCGUGUUGUUCCUAGGAAGCGAUUUGACAAUGUUGUUAGGAAGAAUGGUGUUGGUUUGACAUUUGCGUGCAUGGGAAUGACUUCUGGUGCUGAUGGUCCAGCCGAUAAGACCAAUCUGACAGGAGUUGGUGAGAUCAGACUUAUUCCUGAUUUGUCAACCAAGUGCAGGAUACCAUGAUUCUGGACAGCAUAUGUUGUUACAAGGCUUAGCUAUUGAAGCCGUGUAGCUAUUGAUACAGGCAAGUUGAAGCCGUCUACAAGGCUUACAUCGUAGAAAUCUUGUUCACCGUUCGCUGCAAUAGCGAUUCCCACCAAAUACGCCGGCAGGAUUGCAUUGUUGCCGUUGCAUGAAACCUGACCGGAGCCACAAUCAGCAGUUGCACAAGUGAAACCGGCCGAUCCACGAAGCUUGGACAUCCAGUGAUGUGGAUGCUUUGGAUGGUAGCUUGAAUCCGGUGUUUGAUAACUGAGGUUUUUGAUUUGCUGUCAAGUCUCCCGGCCAAAUAGUGUACGGACAAUUGUUUGUUACCGUUAUUGUAGCGGAGUGAGCACCUGCAUAUAUGCACGCAACAUGAACCAAAAGUCCUUGACACUAGUUCGAACAUGAAAAAUAAAUGCAGAUCUUGGAUGCAACAAACGUAGUAACUAAUAAUUAUCACAGAAAUAAAUGAGUUGUAUCGAUUAAA